AUGGAGGAGACAGUCAUUAAACAGUUCCUCAUGGAGCAACUGGAAGCCUUCUCAAGCAAAAUGAUGGCCGGUUGGACAGCAGGCCUGGCAAGCCUGAAAAAAGACAUACGAGAUCUAGGGGCCACAACCUCCUGCAUAGAAGAGAAAAUGGAGGAGAGCCUAGAUGCGCACAAUCAAUUAGCAGCACACGUAAACACGCUGCAAUCAACAAUACUCACCAUGGAACACAAAUUAAUGGAUAUUGAGGCCAGAGCAUGCAGAAACAACCUGAGACUAAGAAAUAUACCGGAAACGGUGACACUAGCAGAACUGCAGGCCUACCUCCAUGAUUUCUUUCAUGCACUGUCACCAGGCCAUCUGCUAUGCUGCUUCUAG